AUGUCGUCCGAAUAUAUCCCAUUAGAAGUUGAGGCGGAAAUCUUGAAGAGGCUUCCUGUACAGUCGUUACUCCGAUUCCGAUCAGUCUCAAAACCAUGGAAGCGUGUGAUUGACAGCCCAGAUUUCGUUGUUUCUUAUGGCGUUCGUCAUCCCCGGCCCAGUGGUUUUAUUGUAAGUCACGAAGAUGCUUUUAUUGUUAAUGAAUAUAGACAUUACCGGUUUUUUGUUGAUGAUGGUCCUAGUUUUGUUCCUGAUUAUUUUGUUCCCCCUGUUCCUUAUAAUGACCUCCUUUUAUUGCGCGACGGUCAUCCUUGUCUAGUCGGUAGCUCUCACGGUUUGUUGUGCUUCAAGACAAUUUAUCACGAACGUAUGUAUGAUGAUUAUCACAAACGUAGGUAUGAUGAUUCUUCGUCGGAAUUAUCACUAGAGAUGGUUGUUCUUUGGAAUCCUUCCAUUAGGAAAUCCGUUCGUAUUCCAGUGCCAUUUAUGUAUGAUUCCCCGAAUACAAGUUAUAAUGUUGUUAAUGCUUUUGGUUUUGGGGUUUGUCCUGUCACUAAUGAUCCAACUAUUCUCAAGAUAAAGUGGAUGGAUAAGCCCGGGAUUAGCCCUUGGAGAGUUCGAGUUUUUACUUUGAGCACCGGGACUUGGAACAUUCUAUCUACCAAUCUGCCCCGCGAUUCAAUUCAACUUAGAGGAUCUCAGGUCGUUAUCGAUAGGUUCAUCUAUUGGCUUGCUUUUGAUAGGAUUGAACGUAGAGAUGGUCGAGAUCUAUUACAUUUUCUGAUCAUGUCUUUUGAUUUGACUGCCAAAGAAUUUAAAGAGAUUAAUCUCACAGGUAGUUUAACCCACUGGCGUUGUGGCAUUGAGAGUAUAUCUAAGCUACGGGAGUCUCUUGUUUUGCUUGGAUAUCAUAGAGAGUUUAAGCGACACCCAUCAGUUUGUUGUCUGUGGAUGAUGACAAAGGAACAAGGUGGUAAUAGCUCGUUUACAAAGCUAUACAACAUCAAUGUGCCACAUGCCAAAGUAAAGACAGUGCUAGGAUUUAGGAAAACGGGUGAACUUAUACUAGUAACAAAACAAGAAAGUUUCCGUGGUUCCAAGCUUGAAAUAUACGAUCCCAACUCAGAAGCCAAUGUUAAUCUUGAUAUGCAUGGAGAAGAUUAUUCCUUCUUUAUGUGUUCUUAUACGGAAUCACUCUUUUUGCUUGAUCAGUUUUCUGAUUUUACUGGGUUUUGUGUGGUUGAUGUAAAUGAGGUUUUGGAAUGA